AUGAAUAUUCAUUCAGAAUAUAUCUUGUCCAGAUACGAGUUUUCUACACAGAACAAGGUUGUAAACAGGACGAUACUUUUUUCACACCAUUACCCUCCCAAAAAAUCGUACUGCAAAGGUUAUUUUACUCAUAAAGGCAGGACACUCCACACAUCAUGCUCUUGUUGGUAUAGUAGCAUUCCAGGUGAUCCAUAUAACUGGACUACUAGUACCUUCAUAGAACAGUACUAUGCGGACAUUUAG